AUGGAUGCAUAAAGACCAAUGACUACUCCCACAAAAUCUAUUUUCUCUGAUUAUUUAAAAAGAUAGAGUCAUACCUAAAGUAGAUCACAUUUCAGAACUUUAGGAGAAUCUAAGAAUGAAGAAGCAAAUAAAAUAUUAUCAGAUUUUAUUGAAUAAAGCAAACAAAGACAAUGUAAGAGCAAUAAAAAUUUUAGAAACUAGUUAAUUCUUAAAUUCUCGAUAGAGAACUUCUUAAGAAAUGCUCUAAAGUAUUGUGUCUCAUUCAUCCUCUACAAAUAAAUUUUAUGUUCCAUUUUAAUCUGACUUUGCUAAAAGAAAAAAUAAUUCGUUAGGCAGCUUUGAAAAAGUUGGAUCAUCAUCUAGAAUUGGUAAUAGAAGACAACAAAUAUAAUAAACAGAGCAAUUCUUUCAAUCUUAAAUUACACCUUUAAAUAGAUAAGAAUAUUUAGACAAAAUGGAAGAUUUCAUUACAGAAAUCUUAACAGAAGAAUUUAAAGAAAUAUCUUCAUUAUUUACUACUUUUAUGAAAUAAUAUUAACUUUUCAUAGAUGACUAUUAAUUAUAGUUGUCUAUUAAAGAGAAAUAACUUGAAUUAGAAAACCUUACAGAAUUUGAGAGAAUGAAUAAUAAAUAUUCUAAAACAAGUCAAGAUUAUGAAAACUAAAUUAAAUAACUCAAUUAUAAUGUAGAACAAUAUAAUAUUGAUAUUCAUAAAUUGAAAACUGAAAUCUAAGAUUAAGGUCGUAAAUAUAAAGAACUUCGUUAGAGAUUUGAUCUAAAAUAAAGAGAAAUUGAUAUUAAAAAUAAAAAAAUAAAAUCAUUAGAAUGUGAUAUUUAAUCUUAGUAAAAAAAGAUUUAGUAUUAUGAAAAUAAGUUAUAAUAAACAUUUGGAAAAGAUUAAAUGACAGAUAUUAAGUAAUCUUAUUAAGAAAACAUAUAAAAAAAGAACAGUUCUUCUAAUAUAAAUAUAUAAUCAUUUGCUUAAUAAACAACUCCAAGUAAUAAUUUGAUACCCAUUAGAAAAAGUGUAAAAAAAGUAAGUAUUGUUAGUAUCUUAAAUUCUCCAAUAAAUUAACCUCCUGAUUUAUUGAAAAAGAAAUCAACAACUCAAAAAUCUGAUUCAAGUAUUGAAUAAUUAGAGGAAGAAGUUGAAGAAUAAGAUAAAUUAAAUUAAAUUGAAUUGAAUUAUGAUAGAAUAAUUGAAUAUAGAACAUCUGAAUCAUAAGUAGAAUAUGAUUUAUAAGAAAUGUAUUGUAGAUAAAUUGAAAUAUAAACUGAAUUAACAAUGAUAGGAUAAAAUUAUGAUUCAUUAAAAUAAGAUAAUAUUGAAAAUGCUUUAAAAUACACUGAAUUUAUAAGAGAUGUUAAUAAUAAUAAAACAGAAAAUUAAUAAGAUUAAAAUUUUGAUAAAAUGCUUGAUUAAUUGUUAAAAGAUGCAGAAGAUAUUAAUAUUUAAAAUGGUGUUUCUAAGAUUUAAACUCAAAUUCAAAGUAGUAAAAGAUUAUCUAUGUAUGGAGGGAUAUCAAAAGAUUCAAUCAAUUUAGAUGAUAAUUCACAAUUAUAAUAAAGAAAUAAAUAGAAAAAGGAAUAGUAAAUUAAACAAUUAUAUUCAUUUUUUAAUUAUUCUAAAACUAGAUUAGAUGAAUUAACUGAUGAUAUUGAUCAAAAGAAAAUAACUAUAGUUUCACUUUAAUUUUAAAAUGAAAAUUUAUCUAAUCAAAUAAAAUAAUUAUAAGAUGAAAUUCACAAAUUAAAACUUUAAUCUAUAGAUGAUAGAAUUUAAAUUUAAGAUUUAAAAACAAAAUAAGAACAUGCAUCUAUUGUUUAGCAUGUUAAUGUUGAAUAGAAUCUAAUUUCUUCUUAACCAUUAUCAUAAUAAAAUGAACAUAAAUAAUAAAAAUAAUAAUAAUAACCAAAAAAAGGAGUGAAAAAUAGAAUACCUUAAUUAGGUUAGAAGGUAAUUAAAUAUUUCAUCUUUAGGUAACUAUUUCUUAUGAUUUUUAAAAAAAUUAGUCAAAAUUAUUAAUAGAUAAGGUCAAAUCCAAAAAUAUGUCAAAGUUUACUAAUUUUUUACCUAUAAAAGCAGUAUUAAAAUAUAUUACUACAUUAUAUUUUGAUAAGAUUCACAAUUAAAAAGAAUAAAAAUAAUUAAAAGAUUAGGAUAUGUCAGCAUUUAUAUAUAAUUAUUAUAUGUAACAAUUUGGUUACACAAAAGUUACAGAAUAACGUUUUAUGAUUUUAGUUUUAUCAAUUAAAAAAAAUGUAAAAUUAGUUAGAGUUAAUAUCUUUGCUAAAUUUAUGGGUUUAUUUGAAGAAAAUUAAAAUUAUAGUGCUAAUGAAUAAUAAAGAUAUUUAGAAGCAUUGGAAUAUGUAACCAAUUAAUAGAAUUUAGGAAUAUCAAUAAAAGAUAAUGAAUCAGAAUCAAGAUAUUUUAUACCUUAUGUUAGAGCAUUAUCAUAUUUAUCUUAACUUUAAUAAUAUAAUUUUUCUCAAGAAGAAUUUAAUUAUUUAAAAUCAGAAUUUGAAGAGCUUAAAGAAAAUGAUCCAAAAGGAUAAAACAAAUCAGGAAUAAUAGAUUUUGAUUUAAUGAUGAUUAGAGUAUUAUAAAUAUUUAGAAAUAAUGUUGAAAAAACAAAAGCAUAUGUCAUAAAUGCAUUUGCUGCUAGUGAUUUAGAUGGAAAUGGAAUGUGUAAUAUUGAUGAAUGGCUUUUAUUAAAUAGACACAUUGAAGGAGAGAAAUAUGAUGAAGAUAAAUUGGUAGAUGCAUUUGAAGAAAAUGCUGAUUUGAUUGUUGAAGAAGAAAAAAAUUUAUCUUUUGAAACUUUUUCAAUAUUAUGCAUGAGUUUAGAAUUAUUUAGCGAUGCAGCUUAAAAUAAAUUCUUAAAAGUACGAAGUAUGAUAUAUUAAUAAAUCUAGAUAAUUAAGAUGUACUAGUUAGAUUUUAAUAAUUAUAGACUAUAUGGCCAGAAGAAUAUACAAAAUGUUUGUAAAAAUUAAGUGCAUCUGAAUUAGAAGAAUAGGAAAAAUAAAAAUGGAGUACUAUAUUGAAUGUUCUUAAUGAUAAAAUAUUAUCAAAUCCAGAAUAAGUAAAACCAUUGUUAAUUGCUCAUAAAAUUUUUAUUGAAGAAAUCAAAUGA